AUGGAGUUGUCGAGACCAUCCUUAGUGCAUGUCUCUAAUGGUGAUAAAUGCGCUUUCCUUUCUUGGUCGUCUAUAACCAACUCAACUCAGUAUGAAGUAGAAGUUGAGCAUAAUUCCACUAAAGUAACAACUCUUUAUUAUACAACUUCUACAAGUUUCUUAAUCACAAAAUUAGAAAAUGGAGAAUUUUAUGGAGCUCAGGUGACAGCAUUAAAUAAUACCAAACGAAGUGAAUCGUCCAUUGGUGUAAUGUUAAGGCCAAAAUUACGACAGUCUUUAUCUAAACUUUCGGCUACGUCUACCGAAAAACCAGGUCAAAUUAAAUUACAAUGGACUGCUACUCCAACUGACUUUGGUUUUCAAAUCGAACGAUGUAAUAUUGGUGAUAUUAGAGGAUAUAAACGUAUUGCAUGGCUUCCAUAUAAUAACAUAAUGACAUAUGAAGAUCAAACUGAUUGUCUGUUAGAAUGCCUUUGUCCAGGACAUUAUUAUACAAUUACAUUUCGUGAUACAGCAUGGGCGUCUGGUGCAGGAGUAUUAAGUAAAAAGGUUUUCUGUAUAAUGUCAUCAAAUUCAGACUGUAUUGAAACAUCUCUCAUAUCACCAAUAGAAAUAUCAAGUAUGUUCAGAUUUAUUGUCAAUAUUGUUUUAAUUUUUAUAUAA